CAAAUAUGCGGAAUGGGUGACAUGUCUGAUGAGUAUGCAGGCCAUGGAAGAACUGGGACAUUUUCAUUUCAGCUUCCAGGAAUUGCGUACAGAUCCUUGCGACAUGGGGCCGUGCAUUAUGAUGCGGAAACAUCUCUGUGCAUUCAAAUUGCCAUCGAUAAAAUGCAAUUGUGUUCAUUGUCCGUAGCCUAUGCCAGUUUAUGCCUGCCCAUACCAUAACCCCACAGGCACCAUGGGGCACUCUAAUCACAACAUUGACAUCAGCAAACCGCUCGCCCACACGACGCCAUACACGCCAAACUACAGUCAGGCCAAGACCCUGGUAAGGACGACGAGCACACAGAUGACCUUCCCUGAAACGGUUUCUGUCUGCCAUGUGCCCGGUACAGUUGAAACUGGGAUUCAUCCAAGAAGAGCACACUUCUCCAGCGUGCCAGUAGCCAUUGAAGGUGAGCAUUUUCCUAUGAUGCUGAACUAGUCAGGCCAAGACCUUGGUGAGGAGAACGAGCACACAGAUGUGCUUCCCUGAGACGGUUUCUGACAGUUUUUGCAGAAAUUCUUCAGUUGUGCAAACCCACAGUUUCAUCAGAUGUCCGGGUGUCUGGACCCAGAUGAUCCCGCAGGUGAAGAAGCCAGAUGGGGAGGUCCUGGGCUGGCGUGGUUACACGUGGUCUGAGGUAGUGAGGCCGGUUGGACGUACUGCUAAAUUCUCUAAAACAACAUUGGAGGCGGUUUAUGGUUCAGAAAGGAACAUUCAAUUCUCUGGCAACAGCUCUGGUGGACAUUUCUGCAGUCAGCAUGCCAAUUGCACACUCCUUGAGAUGUGUUGGGUGACAGAACUGCACUUUUUAGAGUGGCCUUUUUUGUCCGCAGCACAAGGUGCACCUGUGUAAUGAUCAUGCUGUUUAAUCAGCUCCUUGAUAUGCCACACCUGUCAGGUGGAUACAUUGUCUUGGAAAGGGAGAAAUGCUCACUAACACAUUUUAGAGAAAUAAUAUUUUUGUUCAUAUGGCAACGUUCUGGUUUGUUUUAAUUCAGCUCAUGAAACCUGGGACCAACACUUUACAUAUUGCAUUUAUAUUUCUGUUCAGUGUAGCUAGCUAGCAUGCAUGCUUUGUGUAUUCUUGUCGCAAUAUUGCGGUUCUACAUUGAUGUAGCUAACUAGCUAGAUUGUAAACCUUAAAAUGUUUGACCAACGUUCAACAAUCCUGGAAGUGAGAAGGCAAUAUCGUUUUUUCUCUCCAAAAAGCGGUCUGCUUUCAAGCUUGUUUGACACCGAAGCGACAUCAAGUGAUCUGCUGUGUUGAGGGGCAAACAAGUUUUUUUUAUAGCAGAGAUUUUGGUUGAAUGCAGAACUUAAAAGUUAACACAGACAUCAGCUUUAGGGAAUGGUAAUAUGAUGGCCAACAAAGUAUGCAAAUGAGAUCAGCUGUGCGGGUGAUUGUAUGUGAUUGUUUAUUAAGGAGAGAUCAGCUGGCGAUAACCUGGUAGUCAUCGAUGGUUGCAAUAGGCCCAUUCUGUUCAAGGUUUUCAAUGUUUCUGAGAAAGUUUAACAAAUUAAAAGAGCACUCUCAAAACAAAACACGUUUCUUACCAAGGCUCCGGGAUCUCGUUUGCGGAGGGGGAAUGAGACAACAUCCAAUCAGAUUUGGAGUUUACACACUGCCCCUUCUGCUAUACUGACGGAGUUUCAAGAUAAUAUCCCCAACAUGUGGUUUCACUAAUAUAUCUUUCAGGAUGAGUGAAUUAAUUGAAUUCCUUCAUGUAUUCAUUUGCCUAGAUAAUUUAAAAACACAAGAGUUUGUCAUUCCACAGCUCAUGUUUGUUUUAUUGCUAUCUUGAUCGGGGGCCUGGAUGAUAGCAAAGAGCACCUUUUGUCUCGCUUGGCACAUACUCUAUUCAACAUCUAGUCCACGUUGUUUCAACGUAAUUUCGGUGUAAAUGACUUGGAAACAAUGUUGAUUCAACCAGUGUGUGCCCAGUGCGGUAACCAGCCCACUUCACCCAGUUCCUGAUCAAACAGUAGAUUGAAGAUACACUACAUGACUAUAUCAGCCUCCACUCUUCUGGCAAGGCUUUCCACAAGAUGUUGGAACAUUGCUAAGCAUUAGUGUGGUCGGGCACUGAUGUUGAGCGAUUAGCCCUGGCUCGCAGUCGGCGUUCCAAUUCAUCCCAAAGGUGUUCGAUGGGGUUGAGGUCAGGGCUCUGUGCAGGCCAGUCAAUUUCUUCCAUACCAAUCUCGACAAACCAUUUCUGUAUGGACUUGGCUUUGUGCUUGGGGGUAUUGUCAUACUGAAGUAGGAAAGGGCUUUCCCCCAAACUAUUGCCACAAAGUUGCUGUAGCGUUAAGAUUUCCCUUCACUGGAACUAACGGGUCUGCCCAAACCAUGGAAACCAACCCCAGACCAUUAUUCCUCCUAUGGCAGCGAGCUUUACACCCCUCCAGCCGACGCUUGGCAUUGCACAUGGUGAUCUUAGGCUUGUAUGCGGCUGCUCGGUCACUCCCUACGAACAGUUAUUGUGCUCAUGUUGCUUCCAGAGGCAGUUUGGAACUCGGUAGUGAGUGUUGCAAACGAGGACAGACGCACUUCAGCGGUCCCGUUCUGUGAGCUUAUGUGGCCUACCACUAAGCGUUGCUGCUCCUAGACGUUUCCUCUUCAAAUUAACAGCACUGACAGUUGACUGAGGCAGCUCUAGCAGGGCAGAAAUAUGACAAACUGACUUGUUGGAAAGGUGUCAUCCUAUGACAGCGCCACGUUGAAAGUCACUGAGCUCUUAAGGCCAUUCUACACUGUUUAGCUAUUGAGAUUGCAUGGCUGUGUGCUAGAUUGUAUACACCUGUCAGCAACGGAUGUGGCUGAAAAAAAACGAAUUAACUCAUUUGAAGGGGUGUCCACAUACAUUUGUGUAUAUAUAUAGUGAUCUAAUCAAUGUCCAACUGCAAUGUCCAACUGAUGGCCCCAUGUCCCCUACAAGUUAGAAUGACACUCCAUAUCACAUGGUCUCUGCUAAUAAAUGUAUCAAAAUUGAAUAAAAAAGUCUUUAUGAAUGAAGAAAGCAUCCAAUAGAUCAUCGAUUCUUGAAAGCUGGGACAAUCUUUUUCCGACAGGGACAUUUUUUUAUAGUUGAAAAAAAUAUGUAUUUUGUUGCAUUAUUUGAGCUUAACAUUUUAAUUUAGGGGUAUCUAUGAGGGAAAAUAUUUUGGGGGGAUAUUCUCAAAAUACUGGUGAUACUAUUCAUUUCCAUGUCGGCUCUAUGCUUGGAAAUACCCUUGUCCGGAGCCAAGGAGACCAGUUUCAAACUCUCCCAAAAAGGGUUUAAAAUUCUAAAACCUGUCAAUAAUGGAUGCAAACAGAAAAAAUGAUCAUUUGACUUUAAAUCAUAUUUAUCUCAAAAUGUUGAUUCCUAAAAGAUGUGUUGGGAGAUUUGGUUAACUCCAUCAGACUUGCCUAUAACCCUAAAGGAAUCAGAAAUGAGCAGGGUCAGCCAUACCAUAAGGACCCCUUAUUGUAUUGCAUAUUUAAAUAAUUUAAUUUUAGAAUGAAAUAAUCAAGGCAUUUAAACACUUGUUGGACAGGAAUUGUAAAAUUCUGACGGAGUGUCUGACGGAGUUGACAUAAAUCCAGUUAGUUGCAUUUUCUGAGAGAAACGUGGAGGUUGUUCCUUUACAUGGUGUGAUAGCUGAUACUUUGGUCUAUCUUCAAGGAGGUCUGCUUGCUAGCUAGCAUCCAAAGUUAUAUGUAAAAAAAAAUAGAAAACAGCUGUAUGAUUUAGUUUUCUCUGUUUCUCCUAAAACUAAAUGAUAAGGUAGGCUAUAAUCAUCCCUUGUAGUUACUGCAGUCUGCAGAUAGAUAUUAUUGGUCUAUUCCGGGGUCACGAGUACUAUCAGCACACCGGGCUGUCAGAGUCCAUCUGUAGUGUGUGCUAGGUAUGUGUGUGCGCACGCACGUUUGUGUACCAGCCAAGUUUCAAGAAUGUAGAGGAUUGUGUGUCAUAUCAUGUGACUGAGUUUGGCUCUGUUUGGUGACCGUUUCCAGUCCAGUUUUCCAUCUCUCUUGCCAGACCCCCCAAAGUCGGAGUGUGUCCUCAAAUUGAGUGAGAACUAUGAUUGAAACUCAUUGCCACAGUGUGUAACGGUGUGUGUUUACGUCAUAGGGCUUAGAGCCGCAGAUAAGAUUUACCACAGAUAAGAUUUACAGACGGAGAGAGGGAAGGAGGGAGGGACAGAGUGGUGUUACACUGCCAUCUCGCUCACUCGCUCUCACUCAGGGACUCAGAUAGGCUGGUAUACUGAUUUUCUCUGCACUUACUCAGAGAAGCAACAGGGUCAUGAUGACCCAAAGCCUCCAGAAUGGCUUCACUCUGGACAACCACUACCUCCGGGAUCUGAAGGGGCCUGUCCCUGUGCCCACUCAAUAUGCUCCGAGCCUGGGUGUACACCGGGGGUCAUGCCCUGUGGAGCCCCAUAAGGACCAAGAGAUCCAGAAGCAUCGGUCUGCUCAGGCUGCUCCUCUCCUGGGCUCAUGUCGUGUGCAAACCCCUGCACCUAUGGAUGUCCAGAUGUGCCAGUCUAUACAGCCAUGCCAUGCAGAUCACCAAGGAGACCUGAGUGCUGGGCAGCUACUCAAAUGGAUGGACACAAUCGCCUGCCUCGCUGCUGAGCGUCAUGCUGGGAUGGCAUGUGUCACACUAUCCAUGGACGACAUCCAGUUUGAGGAGACUGGAAGGGUUGGUCAGGUGAUCACCAUCAAGUCCAAAGUCAACAGAGCGUUCACCACUAGCAUGGAGGUUGGAAUCCGUGUGUCAGUGCAGGAUGUGAGGGAACAUGUGGAGAGGUUGGUAUGUGUGGCCUACUCCACCUUUGUUGGAAAGCCAGCGGGACCACAGAAAGUGUUGUUGCGGCCGGUGGAGGAUCUGUGUUCUGCAGAGGAGCAGCUGCAGCAUUCUCUGGCCUCAGAGAGACGGAGACUUCGCCUUUACAAUGAACAGACCUUCAGUACCUUGCUACAAGACUACCACACACUAGCCAACGGUAACUAUUCCUCUCCGGGUGUGUGUAGCAGGAGAGACCCGCUGUCUGCUGUGUCCACAGAGUUCACGCGUGUAGAGAGCAUCGAGCUGGUACUGCCUCCACAUGCUAAUCACCAUGGCAACACCUUCGGAGGACAGAUCAUGGCCUGGAUGGAGAAUGCAGCCACAGUGGCAGCCAGUCGUCUGUGUGGCUGCUUCCCCUCUCUGAGGUCUGUAGACAUGUUCCGCUUCAGAGGGCCCUCCUCUGUAGGUGACAGACUGGUCUUUAAGGCUGUGGUCAACAACACAUUUAACAACAGUAUCGAGGUAGGUGUCCGAGUGGAGGCCUAUAACUGUGAGGAGUGGACCGCGAACAAACCGCGUCACAUCAACAGUGCCUUCCUCAUCUACCAGCUAGCUAACACACCUGGUGACGUACCUGCCUUCCCCCAAGUCACAUACACCACUCAGGACGGGGAGAGAAGAUAUCUGUCUGCCAUUGUCAGGAAGAGAAUACGCAUGGCUAGAAAGCACAUCCUAUCCUGUAAGGAGGAGGCUCCCCUCUCUGUCCCCUGGGACAAAAGCAACCAGGUGUAUCUGGGCUAUAACAAUGUAGCAGCUCUGACUGUACUGGCUGGGAAACAAGACUGGGAAGCCAGCAGCAUCAGUGACAGAGUCGCUGUGUAUGUCCAUGAGGAGGUGGAGCUGCUUUGUGUCCAAGUUCAGAUGGAGGUCAUGACCUCUGCCCUCCAUGCCUUCACCUUACUGGCUGACCUCACGCUGCGACCUCUUUGGGAUAAACACUACCUGAGCUGUGAGGAGGUGGAGAGGGCGGAUGAGGAAGAGACAGUAUAUCAUAUUAAAUGCCCCCCCAUCAAUGGAGGCAAGAGCCGUGACUUUGUGUUCCUGCUAUCAAAGAGGCAGCCCUGCAAAGACGGUGACCCCUAUGUGGUGGCCCUGAGGUCGGUAACUGUGACAACAGUUCCCCCUGUGGAGGGUUUCCUCCGUAGCGAGGCCAAGUGUGCAGGUUUCCUCAUCCACAGCCUGGGACUCAACAGCUGCAAGGUGUGUUACUACAACCAGGUGACGUCAGGUGUUUUGCCGUAUGUAGCAGGUAACCUGGCAGGCUGGUCCAAGUCUAUGGAGGAGACGGCUAGCGCAUGUACCACCUUCCUGGAGAGAGACCUCAUCACUACCCUCUACUGACUCACACACUAAGCAUCAGUCUAUGAUGGUGAACUGACACAGCAGCACAGAUUCUAACAGUACAGAACUGUCCAUGGCUGCUAAUACAGGUGUUACAUUUACAGUUACCCAAAAUGUAUUUGUGACGUUUCUGUAACAAUUCAGAGCAAAUUUAGCUCAUGUAUGUGGUGUAGGUCUUAUUUAAUUAUUUUUUCUAUAAAUAUUUCAGAUGUUGAUGCGAGUAAUGUACAGUGACAUAAUGAUACUCAUAAUGACAAAACCUAUUCUGUAAAUAACAAAUAAAAGCUAAAUGUUUUA